AUGGACGUGAAGCUGCGAUACCCAUUUUUCGCCGGCGCGUGGUGUUUGUUUCUGAUCGGAACCCAGUUUUCGAAAUCGACGGCCUCGGUUGCUAACCAAGAUUUCAGUCCUCCGUAUUCAAAAGCUAUUUCGGAUUUGAAGGAAGCAAUUGUGAAAGGGUUAGGGUUCCAAGCUGAGGAUUUUAAGAUAUCUGGGUUCGAUUUGAGGGAUGCCCAGGUGGGGAAGUCUGUGGCGUAUGAAUUCGAUGUGGAGAUUGAUAAUCAAGUGAUGCCGUUGAAGUUGUUGGAGGAUGUGAAAAGAUGGGAAUACGUGGACUUACCCAUUUUCCAAACGGAGCACCCUGUUCGGCCCGGGGACGAAAACGGGCUGCUACCGAGAAGGAAGUUUGAUGAUAAGAUGCCCGUGCUUGCCCCGUUUCAAUUGGCGGGUCCCAUGGAGCUCUGGAUUCAGGAUGCUGAUCAUAUGAGGAUAUCGUUGCCUCACGAUGUGGAUGCCGGUGUCUUAAAGAAAGUCGUCCUAGCAGAAGGGGCCGUGGUCACCGUCAAGGGCGCCCGAUCUGUCAGUCUCCGUCAUCCGGUCGAGCUCCCUCUCCCCUUCAACCGCACCACCGGCUCAACCUUUGCCUCGGGCCUCCUGACCCUAGCUGAGUACCUCCAGAGUGCAGCCCGUUCUUCAAACGGGCCCAUAAUCUCCCUCCGGAUAGUGGGCCCCACGUCCCUCACAUCCCCUCCCUCGCCUUCACGGGAUGGCCGCCUCAAGCUCAAACGCCUUGCCCCGGGCCUGGUGGAGCUAUCCUCCGCUUCGCGCACAAAAUCUGGCCCAAUCCCAGCAGUUGAUCUCCACGGAGAAUCGACAGCCUUGCUUGCUCCAGAUCGAUUCGCAGCCCUGUGGCCUGUGGUGUCGGUAAAUGGGUCGAAUCCAAACCUGGUUGGGUUUGAGGCCCUGCUAUCAUCCGUGUUGGGCCCACGGGCUGGGAAGGAGGGCUCGUUUAAGCUUGUGAGGGCGGAUGUUUCGGCCCAGACGUUCAUGAAGAUUGGGUUCGGGGUGGAGAGGAAGCUGGGGGAAAGGGAGGUGGAGGGUAUACCGGUGUGGAGGACGAAGCCAUCGAGCGUGACCAUGCAUUUCGAGGUUCUGGCAAAAGUCGAGGGGAAUAAAGUUGUUCCGGAGAGGGUGGUGCAGGUGAACCCUGUGAUUGGAGAGGACACGGUUGAAUCCAGUGUGCUCGUGGGGAAUGUUACAAUGUCGAGUGUCCAGCUGGUGCACCCGCCUCCGAACCCAUUUUCGUUGUGA